AUGGGCGUCCUCAGUGCCCUCCAUCGCAAGAAGGACGGACGAGAAACACCAACCGAGACGCCACCGUAUUGUCCAUCUGAGGAUGCUCUGAGCGGCGACAAAGAUGAGGAGUUUGGCCAGCAGCAGCCUAUUCGGACGGGAUGGACGGGGGACGCUCACGCUGGGGCGAACGAAUAUCCGUCGCAAGAGAACUAUAGAACGCUGGGAAGAUGGCGGGCAUGCGUGAUUCUGAUCACUAUUGAGGUUGGAAUUGGAGUGCUCAGUCUGCCAUCUGCGCUGAAAACGCUCGGUCUUAUUCCUGGUAUCAUCGCCAUCUUUGGAUUUGGAGGUUUGACGACGUACUGCGGAUAUAUCAUGGUCCAGUUUUACCGAAGAUAUCCUAUGGUCACGAACCUGGUCGAUUGCGCGCUGUACAUUGGAGGAAAGAAAUUCGAGUACUUCCUCGGUGUUGCAUUCAUCUUCAACUUGGUCCUCAUCUGCGCAUCCGCGAACAUCACGAUGUCGAUCGCUCUGAACACGCUAUCUGGACAUGCGCUCUGCACGGUUGCCUUCAUGGCGUUUCCACAUAUUGCAUGCUGGCUGCUCUGUCUCCCGCGCAAGCUCACCUUCGCCGCCGCUAUGUCUUGGAUCUGUACCAUCUCCAUCGUCGCCGCCGUCCUCAUCGUCAUGAUCGCGCUCGGCGUGGCCGGCCCCAAAUCCCCGCCCGGCUUCGACGUCCACAUUACGCUCGUCGGCAAACCCACCUUCGUCGAGACGGUCAACGCGCUUCUCAACAUCGCCUUCGCCUUCGCGGGCAACCAGUCCUUCAUGAGUGUCAUGGCGGAGAUGCGCGCCCCGGAGAAGGAAUUCCCCCCCGCGCUCUUCAUGCAGAAGUCCUUCGAGAUCGUCGUCUAUGUCGUCGUGGCGUGCGUUAUAUACGGGCUCGCAGGGGAUGCUGUGACUUCGCCUGCGCUGGGCUCCGCGCCCAUCAUCCCUGCGAAGAUCGCAUACGGCAUUCUCAUCCCGUCCGUUCUCGGCACCGGUCUCCUCAUCGGUAUAACCGCCAUAAAAUACAUGUACAUCGCCGUCAUGCGUCAAUUCAAGCCCGACCAAGUCAACGUGCAUAACGCCUUCACAUGGUCCCUCUGGGUUGGAAUCGGCACGUUGUUCUGGGUGGUAACCUUCGUGGUCUCCAACGCGAUCCCCAUUUUCAGCAGCAUUUUGAACAUCAGCUCGGCCAUUUUCAUCUCGUGGUUUACGUUUGGGCUCACGAGCCUGUUCUGGCUGCAUUUAAACUGGAAAGUGCAGUUCUCUACGCCCAGGAAGAAGGCCCUGGCGUGUGUGAACUAUGCGAUUCUGGGGCUGACGCUGUUUCUGAAUGUGGGCGGAUUGUAUACGAGUUUGAAGGCGCUGAUUGAUAUAUUCAAUGACCCUGAUAGCACGCUGAAUGGGCCGUUUACGUGUGCGGAUAAUAGCAUUUUCUAG